AUGAUCACAGGCCUCCUCCAUGGCCUGAAUGAGGGGCACACAGUCAUAGGGCCACAGGUCAUAUACCUUCCACCACCAUGCUCUUUUAUUGGAUUCAGGAAGGGGGAGUAUGGGGGAAGACCAAAAUUUAAUCCAGCUGUGAGUGGAAAUACUGACUUCAGUCGUGUUGUUGUGGAUGUUUACAAUAGUUUUGCACAGAAGGUUUGGCUUAACCACCCAUCCUUGAUCCAUCUGGAUCUCCUGUCCACCAAAGCUUCACCUGAGCUUCCAGAGAUGCUGCUGUCACCUGUAUUUCAAGGCUCUGGACCCAAAGCCUUUCUGCUGUCAAGCCCAGAACCCCUGCUCACGCUCUUAUCCAUGAACCGAAACUCUCCAGGAUCUCCAGCAAGUGUUUCACACAUGUGUUUCAUGCCCACUUUUGAGGACAAUGAGCGAGACUUUGCACAGUCCAACUGUAGUCCUCUGUGGAAUGGCUUUUCCAUGGAAGAUUGUCAAAGUGGUGCCCAAUGCAUGCAUGCACAUGCAACGAUGACAUCACAUGAACCAGAUCACACCAGUGCUUUACACCAGCUGUGUGAUGGUUCAUCACAAAUUCAUACAGGUGGCACUAUAGAAGAAGGAUUGAGGAUUCGGUCAUUAUGGAACAUCUCCCAAAAUGCUGCAUUGGUAGAUCAAGCCCGUCGCUUACAGAAGAGGCUGUCUGCGAUGCUUGGUAAACAUGCUUCACAACACUACAGCCACCAAAUAGAGGGUCUGAGAAAGAAACUUCUUGAAAUCAGCCCUUACCCCAAGACCACCAUGGUAUCAGAUGAUCUUUUAACAUAUACAGAGAAUGUGAUUUUUAAUGAUGUGAGGAUGCAAGAUGGAGAAGAGGAUUUUAGAAGAACCCAUAGAUACCAAACACACAGGCGAUCUCUAAAAUCCCGAGAUGUGGAGAAUUUGGCACGCUGUGGUCGUGCAGUUCUGCAUGAGGUGCUGGAGUCUCUGGACUCUGAUGCCACAUUGAGCAGCAGCUCAGAUGAAGAGUGGGACCAUGGAGAUGCCAAAGGGACAUCAGCAGCAUCACAGUGUCACAGCUGUGAAUGGAGGUGGUUGCAGGAUAGAGCUGAAUUGGGCAGUCGCUGGACGUGGCUGCAGAUGCGAUUGACCGAGCUAAACUCUCAGAUUCAGCAGCUUGGAGAGCUUCACCAGCAGAUAAUUGCUAAUAAGGGUCGUGUGAUUUUGGCAAAGUCUCAGCCACUCACAGACAAGCAGAUCCAGCACACACUGUGGACGGAGACUUUGGAUCUGUCGUUUUCUGCUGGGAACCUGCAAGAUUUCUCAUCUGAUCUAGACAUGGAACCAAGCAGCCCUACACGUCUUCUGAGGAACAUAGAGAGACAGAGUGCCCAGCUGACUCAGAUUGUAAACAGUCUGAUGCCACCUUUGUGCCCCUCACCUUCUUCAUCACCAGUGCCAAAAGAACCCUGCAGUCACCGAAGAAACCAUCAGAAAAUCAGUUGUAGCAGACAGGUACAGGCGUACCAGGCUGCCUGUCUUCACAAUGGAACUCAAUGGAAACCGGAACGAAAGAGAAAGCAAGCGUGCCACCGAAGACAAUGGCCACUUCAUUUGGGUGCCACCUGUGUGUCAGCUCGCACCCGGCCUCUUCUGACCUAUCACAAACCCUGCCUUUUUAUCAUGGACCCGUCGUCUCAUAAAGAACAGGUCCUGGACUCUUUCCCGUCUCUCUGUCCCAGUGUAUCCUGUGAUCCUACAACUUCAUGCAUAGAUCCUACAUGCCAACGUAGAAAAGAGAGAAUAGCAGGCAAAAUGCAUCCUGUCCUCUCGCUGUCUUCAGAUACCCCAUUAUCCUUCCAUCUGCAAAAUGCCCUGUGCACAGAGGACUUUUUCCAGAAAUCUCUCUCCUUGAAAACGGACCUCCUCAGACCCCAGCACUGUCGCAGCUCUGGAUGCAGAGUCUCUAGAUCUUUAUUUCAUUGCAACAACCGACCAAAAAACAGCAGGUAUUUGAAGAGUCACAGGAGAGAGAGCACCCCCAUACGAUUGCCAUGUAACCGAAACCACCACCGUAAAUCCUAUAGGGAGGGAAAGCGGAAGAAGUGCUCCUCCCAGUGGCCAAUAGAUGUGACACAGUGGUCUGAUCAGAGUGAUGGAAACCUUACAGAGCAAUGUUCAGGAGAUCUUACUGACUGUAGACCCAAACCGCUGGGGAACUCACAGCUUUCCUGUCCCAGCAGAAGUGCUGAGAAUGUUUUUACUAUUGAUGACAUUGUCAUUCCCAUGUCUCUGGUGUCCUCGGUUAAAGUGGAGAAACCUCAGUAUAAGGACAUUUUGACACCCAGCUGGCGAAAGGUGGAUAUUUUUCCAUUAUCAAACAUAAAGAAAGAUGAGCAUCCAGGAGAGUCAGAACCAAUAACAGAUGAGGAUUUCAGCCAGAGACACAAACGUUAUGAACGUAGAGAGAAGCUCCGUUGGUCCUCAUCGAGUCAGAGCAGGAGUUACAGCAUCAGCAGGUCAUCCAAAAAAAGCUACGCUGCUGUAUCAGUGAAAGACCACCCUGCUCACUGUCACCCACUUGUAGAUUCUCCAGUCCCCUUCACCAGGAUCUCCAGUCCACCUGAAGACCAGACAGAAGCAAGUGUGGAUGACAGAGAAUCACUGCUUCCAUGGGAAAGACGCAUGUUUCCACUGAGUGAUGAAGAUGAGGAAGUUAUGAGACUUCAUGAGCACCAAAGCACAACAUCUGGAAUUGGGGACCAGGAAAUGAAGAAUAUCAGCUCUCAUGGAGCUUCCCAAAAAGUUCUUAUUUGAGCUGAUUUGACACUGUGCAGUAACCUGAUGUUUGACUACUUCAAAUAUACUCCUCUAUGUGAGAUUUAUUUUUUAUAUGAUAUUUUUGAUGCAAGUACAUACUGUAUAUGCUUCACAUUUUCUAAAUGAUACAAUGAACAAAUAAUAGAUCUUUUUUUGACCACAUGUUAGGCUGUAAGAAAUGGAUUUGUAAAAGGUUUGUACAUUUUCCUCCGCGUAGUAGAUGUUAGCUAAAUUUUAGUUUUUCACUUUGUCAAAUGAUUAUUUCUUUGGUGCAUAAAAUUGAAUCUUUGCUUAAAGGAAUAUUUUUGAUUAAAUAACUUAAUGUGCAGCA